UUGUGCGAACUAAGUUGCAUACUUCCACUUCUUCGGAGUGGAAGAAACAGAAACGCCACUGGUCCGCCACGUCUUUGGUCCGCAGGGCUCAUUCUAGAGGGAGGUAUCCUGCGGGAAAAAUAAAAAAAUUGGAAUAUGGAGCAAAAUUUAUAUUUGGAAAUUAAUGUAAAUGACCCCUGACGAGCAUAUUCGCAGAUUCUACCGCACCCAUUAAAGAUAAAUUCAUUGUACGUAGUGCUUUUCAUUGACGAUACUUUUGUUUUUCAAUCGAGUUCAGUUAAUGUGUCGGAGAGGUUUCGUCAAAUUAAAAUGAGCGCAUUCCUAGUGACCGUAGUAGUCAUUGCCGUGAUCUAUUGCAUCAUAUCAUGGGUGUUACCAAAAAUUAUCACCUGGACGUUGGAGGGGAAGUACAACGUGAAUCUUCAGAUCGGCCACAUCGGCCUUCCCUAUUUCAAACUUUGCGACGUGAAUCUCUGCAAGAACGGAUUCACUGGAUUCACCAUUCACAUAGAGGAGAUCAGCAUCAACAGCAGCUUCUUCAACUCAGAAGUGACGAAGCUUGUAACACUUGUUGUCAAGAAUGUUCAUAUCAAUAAGGAUGUGGGAACUCAACAGCAGGAGCAGGUUGUUCCAGUGGCACAGAAUAGGGGCAAUCCGAUGGAUUUUAGGAACAAGAAAAUUCCGCGAUUCAUCACAACCUUUGCUCAGUUUAUGGCAAUUCAUGUGUACAACAUAUCUGCAAAUCUGCUUCAUUCUGAGAGCCCUGGAUGGUUGCUGCAUGCAACUGUCAGUGAAUUGCAUCUGGAUGGGAGCAUUGUGCAGAAUUCCAGGACGUUAUUGGUGAACGUCAAUAUGUCUGAGGCUUCUGCCAGAGUGUUGAGGCACUCUGACAACAAGAAGAGUAACUAUGAGACUUGUCUUGGUGAGCUGAGCUUUGCCAUCAGUUUGGAGGCGACGCUCGACGCGCAAGGACCUCUUUCGUUUGAAAAAUUAAGUAUCAUCAUGUCUCAAACGAGCGCCAUGAUCAGCGAUGAUUUCUAUACGCUCUUCCAGAAGAAGCAGAGCAAAGAGUGCAGUCCUCGCGUUACCCACGUUUCCGACUGCAACGAUAACGAUUUGAUGCUAAGGCUGGCCCCUGUCGUCCCGAAAAGUUUUCUAAUCAAGAUCGAAGAAACGAAGCUGCGGGGAAUGUGCGAGAACAGUCGCACGGAAUUUCAAUCGUCUCUCAAGAGCUUACAGAUCAACUUCAGGUUCAACAGCGUAUCCCAAGUGGGCGAUCUCCAUCUGCCCAAUCUGUUCUUUUCCUUCAAGCUGGACACGCUGCAUCUGCACAACAAUCGCAAGCAGCUGCUUUACAUGUCACAGUUCAAAUUGGACGCUAAGUUCGACUCGAACGUGGUCGAUCUGUAUAUCUGCAUGAACACGCUCCGCCUGACGUACGAUCAUAAGAGCAUCUAUAAGUGGAUUUCCAUGUAUUUCCUGCAGAACAAAGGGACGUCGAUGGUCGCGGAAGUCUCGGAGGAACAGAUUAUGGUGGCUGCUGCCGCUGGAGGACGGUCCGUGCUGGAACGACUGGCCUCCAUAUACGCAGUGAAUGGAUGCGCAGAAUUCAUUGGAAUUUCUUUUACCAUCAAACUCAACAGCGGAUGCAACUCCGUGGUGGGCUUCAAUCUAGUAAAGUUGAUUUUGAAUCAGUUCAAGGAUAAGCGCGCUAGUUCAUACAGCAAGUACUUGCCUAGGUUGCUGCUAGGCAAUAGGCAUUGGCAAAUGGAGGUGCUCAUAGAGUGUUUGUGGUGGAGCUUCAACGUCGAUUGGACGUGGGGUUUCAUCAAGUCGCACAUUUGUGGCACACCUCUCUACCUCGACAAGGCACUAAUCAAAUUUGGAACUCACGACAAGAACGAAACUAAGAUUGAGAGUCUGUUGGAGUGGUCCAAAUAUCUAGUUUCCUACGCGAUACAAUGUCUGCAACAGGAUCGAAUCAAUCCGUUGUUAAACGUGUUGAGCGUCCUGAAAAUAAAUACGUUCAACAAUUGCAUCCGAUGCGAUGAAAUACCCACCUGCAAGGUGUUUGUUAAGUCGGCAAUCAUCGAAGAUGAUAUCGCUAUCAGUUUGCAGCUGCUGGAACGGAUCGUGGUUAACUGGUCAACUCCGAUCCCUCUGAAACUGCUCUCUCUGUUUAGAGACAUAAAGGAUUUCUCACUCGUCCUCGUCGAGAGUUUCGGCUCAAGGAUCGCAACCACCCAACAACAACAACACGAGAUGCCCUCAAAAGAGAAGAGGACAUUCAGCGUGAACAUCUGCGGACUUCUUUCAUUUCACAUACACAUUUCCCAGAGGCAUAACGCUAAAAUUGAAUUACAAAAUGUGUUAAAGGCCCUAAUGGAAAUGGCUUUAACGAACACGAGUACGGUUAUUUCGAUCGCCGAUGUCGAAGUCUUUAAACUGCAGGGCAUACAAGUGCGGCCGGUGGCAAUCACAAGCCCGGGAAUCGCAAUCCCGGGAAUCGCAAUCCCGACAAUCAAAAUUCCGACAAUCGAAAUCCCGGGAAUCGCAAUCCCGACAAUCAAAAUCCCGGGAAUCGAAAUCCCGGGAAUCGAAGCCCGACAAUCAAAUCCCGGAAUCGAAAUCCCGGGAAUCGUAAGCCCGACAAUCGAAAUCCCGGGAAUCGUAAGCCCGACAAUCAAAAUCCCGGGAAUCGAAAUCCCGGGAAUCGCAUGCCCGACAAUCGAAAUCCCGGGAAUCGCAAGUCCGACAAUCGAAAUCCCGGUAAUCGAAAUCCCGGGAAUCGAAAUUCUGGGAAUCGCAAGCCCGACAAUCAAAAUCCCGGCAAUCGGAUGGUGGCUACGUUAAAUAUGAUUUGUAA